UACAACAAAUUAAAGUCCAACAAAUUAGAGUCUAACAAGAUAGAGACCAGCAAGUCCAACGAAUUAGAGACCAAUGAAUUAGAGUUCAACAAGAUAGAGACCAACAAAUUAGAGACCAGCAAAUUAGAGACCAACAAGCUAGAAACUAAUGAAUUAGAGACCAAUAAAUUAGUGAUCAACAAGAUAAAGAUCAACAAAUUAGAGACCAACAAAUUAGAGACUAACGAGUUAGAGACUAACGAGUUAAAGACCAACAAGUUAAAGACCAACAAGUUAGAAACCAACAAAUUAGAGUCCAAUGAAUUAGAGUCCAACAAGAUAGAGACCAAUGAAUUAGAGACCAACGAAUUAGAGUACAACAAAUUAGAGUUCAACGAAUUAGAGUUCAACAAGAUAGAGACCAAUGAAUUAGAGACCAACAAAUUAGAGAUCAACAAAUUAAAGACCAACAAGAUAGAGACCAACGAAUUAGAGACCAAAUAG